UAAAAAUAAAAAAUCGCAUCCGAUAAUGUAUCCGGUUUGGACGUCGCACAUUGAUGACGCUGUGUUUGCAGUAACGUUUGCUAUUUUGACAUCGUAUAUUUUAAGCAUAGACCAUUGACUGACUUCACAACAUAAGGGAUGUCAUCUUUGUGUGGUACCAGCAGUGGCUGUCAAGAUGCAGGUCAAGAGGCCACAGAGAAACAGGAGAAGGAGCAUCCUCGUGCACUCAUCCCUGAGUUAUGCCGACUCUUCUACCAGCUGGGAUGGGUGACAGGGACGGGAGGAGGGAUCAGUCUGAAACGAGGAGAGCAGAUCUAUAUUGCACCAUCAGGCGUCCAGAAAGAGAGAAUACAGCCAGAAGACAUGUUUGUGUGUGACAUGGAAGAGAGGGACAUCAGCUGUCCACCUGCCUGGAAGAAGUUAAAGAAGAGCCAGUGUACACCACUUUUUAUGAAUGCCUAUACUAUGAGAGGGGCACAGGCAGUUAUACACACCCACUCCAAGGCUGCUGUCAUGGCAACACUGCUGUAUCCUGGCAAAGAGUUCAGGAUAACACACCAGGAGAUGAUCAAGGGGAUUCGUAAGGAAACCUCAGGCACCAACUAUCGGUAUGAUGACACCCUGGUUGUGCCUAUUAUUGAAAAUACACCAGAGGAGGAGGACUUGAAAGACCGGAUGGCUUGGGCAAUGGAGGAAUACCCAGACUCAUGUGCGGUCCUCGUCCGCCGACAUGGUGUCUACGUCUGGGGCGAGUCGUGGGAAAAAGCUAAAACCAUGUGUGAAUGCUACGACUACCUGUUCGACAUCGCCGUCCAGAUGAAGCAGUGUGGACUGGACCCUGCAGCCCUCCCAAUGGAAGAAAAAGGCAUAGUUUGAAAUUUGCUGGUGCUUUUUAAAGAGACAUUUGUUGCAGAAAGGUCAGUGGAGUUCAAUCAGGAGACCACAUUGUAAUCAUUUGCCUUUCAUGCCAGCCUGCUUCGAAUUUGAUGAAAUUUGAUGUUAAGGGCAGAUCGAAGGUUGAAGGAGAUUGAAUGCCUGUGAUCCGGAAGCACCUGGAGGUACGCUGCAAAGCACUGUGGGACAACUCAUGAGUGAGCAACUGUCAAAUCAUGGUCCUUAGCUUCAAAUGCUUUCCUAUUCAAGUUUGACUGCACUGGAAUCAAGGUCUUGGUGUAUGUGAGGCAUGAACAUUCUGUCCAUCUCAACUGAUCUGUAAUGGUGAUUAGCUGCCUUUGCUUCAAUCAAUAAAACUGAUGGAGUGUAAA